AUUAAAGGCCAUAUGCAUCAGUGAUGUUUACCACUGCUCUGCAGAAGUCUGGCUGAACUGAUCCCACCAUGACUACCAACAGCAAACUGAUGAUUCUGAUGCUUGUACUGACUCUCAGUGGUCAAGGUCAUACAGGGAAAAUCUUUGGUGGUCAACCGGUUCCACCCCAAAGCAGGCCCUACAUGGUGCUGGUGAAGAACCAGCUGCAGGGUGGAAACAAAACAUACUGUGGAGGCUUCCUUCUGAGGGAAGACUUCGUCAUGACUGCUGCACAUUGCCUAGCGAACUCUCACGAGGUCUUCCUGGGAUUUACUAAUUACAGUCACAGUAAAGUGCACAUUCACGUUGAAAGCACAUUUCCACGUAAAGACUUCAACACAACUGCCAAAACAAAUGACUUAAUGCUGCUCAAGUUGAGCUCCAAUGCAAAAUUCACCCCCAGUAUCAGGCCCAUCGCCCUGGCUGGUGAAGACGACGGCUCUUUGCCCAGUUCCUGCUCAGUCUCCGGCUGGGGAAGAACAAACUACAACAGUAAAGGUCUGUCCCGUGUUCUCAUGGAAGUCAACGUCACUCUAGUUGAGAACUGUCCAAAAGAAAACUCGUACUGCUCUGAGGGGCUGGACGGACCAGGAGAAGGAGACUCUGGUGGUCCGUUGGUCUGUGAGGAUGGGAGGGCGUAUGGGGUGGUGUCCGCCGGUAAAAAAACAACAUCUGGGGACCUUGUCCACAGUUACACUAAGAUUUCUGACUACAGUAGCUGGAUCGAUGCGAUUAUGAAUCCUGAACAGCCCUAAAUCUUGACUGAUCUGUCAUUGCAUUGAAAUAUUUCUCUUUCUGUAUAAAGCCUAGUUCAUCUUUGUUCCACUUUUGUCCUGUUCCAUAAGCAAAUCGCUUCAUUUACUCUUUUAUCCUAUCUAUUUUCAGCAUAAACUGUAGCUCUUUGUUUAAUUGAACUCUUGCAUUUAAUAAAAUCAACAACAAAGACAACACUGCCAUCUAGUGAAUAAAGAGCGUCACUGCAUCACAAAGAGA